AAAUUGGGAACUUCUUGCUUUUAUAACGAGGGAACGAGGGAGUAUAUAGAAGAAGUUGAUCGACUGUGGAUAGAAUGCAAUCAUUUCCAAAUUCCAACGUUCGAAGCCGUUCCAUUCCGUUCCCACGCACGUCCACAGCUUUAGGUCAUCCAUCUCCUUUCACUAUCCGCCCUCUCGUCACUCUCUCAUUCUCCAAUCGAAGAUGUCGUCGGGCGAAGUUAGGGCGUCGCACAUUCUGAUCAAACACCAGGGCUCCAGAAACAAGUCGUCGUGGAAGGACCCGAAGGGCCUCCGUAUCUGUAGCACAACCCGAGAUGACGCCGUCUCUCAGCUCAAAGCUUUGCACAAGGACAUCAUAGAAGGCAAGUCCAGUUUCGAGGAGGUUGCCUCCACUGAAUCUCAUUGCAGCUCUGCCAAACGCGGCGGAGAUCUCGGUUAUUUUGGGCGGGGGAAGAUGCAGAAGCCUUUUGAAGAAGCAUCUUUCGCACUUGCUGUUGGUCAGAUUAGCGACAUUGUUGAUACUGAAAGUGGUGUUCACAUAAUCAAGAGAACUGCUUGAUACAUGGAAAAGAACAUUAGUCAACAUUUGGAAUUGCAAUGCAGGCUGAAAUAAGUGAACAAGUUAUGGAAUAUGUGUGACUUGGUUUCUUCCUGUUUGAAGUGCCUUUACUAAUUUCUUGUUUGUCCAGACCCCCCCCCCCCCACCCGAAUGGACUGAAAUGAUGUGCUUCAGCUAUGUUUUGCUUGCUGCUAUUGUGACUUGUUAAUUGGUUCUUUCAUGAAGAUUUUUACCGUUGGGGCAAUUUUAGAAUUGUUUUUACGAUUCUGUUUUGUCCAAAUGGGAAAGUUCUGAUAUCUUAUAUUCUAACAGUAAAGACCAUACCUCUUUGUUGAGUGCUGGCCCAAUGAUAGGCUGAUAGCUUGUGGAUAGCAGAAAGGGCCUUUCCAUCAUUGCUUUUUUACUUUGCAUCUUCACAUUAAAGAAGACAAGUUUCCA